GUGAGGUUCUCCGUGUCCGCAGUCCGUGGAGAAGGCCGGAGAGUGGUGCUCCCUGCCUCACAGCCCAUGGUGGGAGCCGCCAGUGGUGCUCACAACUCCCACCGGGGAUUGAAGCUCGGAGUCGCCACCCACAGCCACGCCAGGGCCGGGACAGGGACCGCCAUUCCUGCAGCGGCUUCUGCUCCCGCCCGGCUCAGCCCACAGAGGGCAAUGGCGGCGCCCCCGCUGAGGAGACGGGCUGAGGUUGGCCUGACCUUUGAGGACAUUGCCCUGUACUUCUCCAGGGAGGAAUGGAGCCUCCUUGAUGAGGGUCAGAGACAGCUGUACCUGAAUGUGAUGCUGGACAACUUUGAACUUAUAUCCUCGCUGGGUUGCUGCUGUGGAGCAGAGAAUGAGGAGGCAGCGACUGAACAGAACUUUUUUGUGAGAGUUUCACAGGCAUGGAAUCCCCAGUUACCUUUGUCUUCCCAGAAGAGCCACCCCUGUGAGAGUUGUGGACUAGUCUUGGGAAACAUUUUCCACGUGAUGGAGCUGCAGGGAACACAACACGGACAGAUAAUGUUGAGGUGUGGGGCAUGUGCAAAAUGGUUUUAUUUCAGUGUAAAUAUUCAACAAUGGCAUAUGAGAGAGAAGACUUUAACUAGAGGUGUGGACAGGAUCUCCCUUGCAAACAGCUGCAAUUUCAAUGUGUCCCAAAAUGGUUUCACCUGUGGGGAGGUUGGGCAGGGUGUUCUUACCGAAUCAGGACAUCUCCACCUAAAGGAUACUCAGAACAGGGACCGUCCAAAUGCUAUUUCCACACGUGGGAUGACAUGUCAAAUGACAAAAAAUUAUUAUGCCCGAAAAGGAUCUAAGAAAGACAUUACUUGUACCCACACGUUUAUUCAGGAAAAGGAUGUCAAUGUUGAAAGUGGAUGUUUUGUGUGCUCUGAAUGUGGGGAAUAUUUUACCAAAUUUUCUAGCUUUUCUCUUCUACAGCAAGGUCACACUGGAGAAAGGCCUUAUCAGUGCAGUGAAUAUGGAAAAGCUUUUAGCAAUAGUAACAGCCUAGGUGAAUAUGAAGCUUUGCACACUGAAGAAAGGCAGUAUGAUUGCAGUGAAUAUGGGAAAGCUUUUAGCAGUAUUAACAGCCAAGGUGAAUAUGAAGCUUUGCACACUGAAGAAAGGCCCUAUGCGCGCAGUGAAUGUGGAAAUCCUGUUACCAAUAGCAAUGCCGUCUAUUAUGAUCAGAGCGUUCUCACAGCAGAAAGGCCUUAUGAGUGCAAUGAGUGUGGGAAAUCUUUUAGUAGUAGCAGUAACCUUCAUUGUCAUCUGAGAAUUCACACUGGAGAAAAGCCUUAUAAGUGUAGUGAAUGUGGAAAGUCCUUUUCAACUUUCAAUGCUCGCAAAUAUCAUCAUUACAGAGUGCACUCUGGAGAAAGGCCUCAUCACUGCGGUGAAUGUGGGAAAUAUUUUAUCACUUUGUCUCACCUUCACAGUCAUCAGAGGGUUCACACAGGAGAAAAGCCUUAUAAAUGCAGUGAAUGUGGGAAAUCUUUUGCCCAGAGCGGUAACCUUCUUUCUCAUCAGAGCAUUCACACUGAAGAAAAGCCUUAUAUAUGUGGUGAAUGUGGGAAAGCUUACAACUGUUUCAUUAAACUUUGUCGUCAUCAAAGAGUGCACACUGGAGAAAGGCCUUUUCACUGCAGUGAAUGUGGGAAAUCUUAUACCAGGCAAAGUGCACUUUGUCAGCAUCGGAGAAUUCAUAGCGGAGAAAAGCCUCAUAAAUGCAGUGAAUGUGGGAUGACUUUCAUCCAAAGUGGAGCUCUCCAAAAUCAUCUGAGAGUUCACACUGGAGAAAAGCCUUUUAAAUGCAGUGAAUGUGGGAAAUCUUUUACCACUAACUGUCAACUUCACAGUCAUCGGAGGGUUCACACAGGAGAAAAGCCUUAUAAGUGCAACGAAUGUGGAAAAUCUUUUACCUCUAAAUCUUACCUUCACAUUCACCAGAGAAUUCACACGGGAGAAAAGCCUUAUAAAUGCAAUGAAUGUGGGAAAUCUUUUACCGCUAAUUUCAAACUUCACACACAUCAGAGAGUUCACACUGGAGAAAAGCCUUAUAACUGCAGUGAAUGUGGGAAAUCUUUUACCACUAAGUCUUACCUUCACAUUCAUCAGAGAGUUCACACUGGAGGAAAGCCUUAUAACUGCAGUGAAUGUGGGAAAUCUUUUACCACUAACUAUUACCUUCACAUUCAUCAGAGAGUUCACACAGGAGAAAAGCCUUAUAAAUGCAGUGAAUGUGGGAAAUCUUUUACAACUAAGUCUUACCUUCCCAUUCAUCAGAGAGAUCACAUAGGAGAAAAGCCUUAUAAAUGCAAUGAAUGUGGGAAAUCUUUUACAACUAAUUUCAAACUUCAUCGACAUCAGAAAGGUCACACUGCAGAAAAGCCUUUUAAAUGCAGUGAAUGUGGGAAAUCUUUUACCAGUAACAGUAAACUUUGUCGUCAUCAGAUAGUUCAUACAGGAGAAAAGCCUUAUAAAUGUAGUGAAUGUGGGAAAACUUUCCGUGAAAACAAAGCUCUCCAAAAUCAUCAGAGAGUUCACUCUGGAGAAAAGCGUUUUAAAUGCAGUGAAUGUGGGAAAUAUUUUACCUGUAAAAGUAAACUUUGUCGUCAUCAGAGAGUUCAUACAGGAGAAAAGCCUUAUAAAUGUAGUGAAUGUGGGAAAACUUUCAGUGAAAACAGAGCUCUCCAAAAUCAUCAGAGAGUUCACACUGGAGAAAAGCGAUGUCCAUUGCUGUCAUCAGAGAAGUCAUACUAGACAAAAGCCUUAUAAAUGCAGUGACUGUGGGAAAUUUUAUACCAGUAGCACCAACCUUCACUGUCAUCAGAGAGUUCAUACAUGAGAAAAUGCUUAUAAAUGCAGUGAAUGUGGACAAUCUUUUACAACUAACUCUCACCUUCAUUGUCAUCAGAGAGUUUACACAGGAGAUUGUCAUAAAGAGUGUAAUUAAUGUGAGAUAUCUCUCAGCCUAAUUUGUAAAUUUGCUGUGCACAAAAGAGUCCGAAUGUGAAAAAUUUCUCAGAUGUGUUGAAAAUGUAGUUUCUUAGUUAGGACUUAACAGUUGUAUAUGAAAAUAUGUGAAGUCUCAUUAGUCUGAAAUUUAUCUCAUAUAUUGAAUCACGUACAUUGUGUAUCCUACCUGCAACUAUUUUAUCUGUUCUGUUUGCUUGUUUGCAUGUUGGAACCAUAGGUAUGUAUGUUGGACUUCUUAAUAUAAAGAGCUGUCUUGCCAGGUGGAAGAACUACCAGUCUCAUGGCUGUUACUUACAAAA